AUGGCAGCCAUAACCGUCAUUGGUCUCGGCGCCGCAGCUUUAGCCGUGUAUCUCCUCUACGCCUACGUCUUGCAUCCCGUCUUCUUCUCGCCUCUUGCGCGCCUUCCCACCCCGCACUGGUCAUGCGCCGUCUCCGAUUUCUGGAUCCUGCGCGCGAGGAAGAAGGGCGUCGAGAACAAGACGCUGUACGAUGCCCACUUCCGCCACGGGCAGGUCGUCCGCGUCGCGCCCAACACGGUCAGCGUCGACGGCGUGGAAGCCAUGCGGGCCGUCUAUCAAGGCGGGUACGAGAAGGCGCCGUGGUACCAGCGGUUCAACAACUAUGGCGUGCCUUGCAUCUUCUCAACGCUUGGCUCCAAGGAACAUUCCCGCAGGAAGCGCAUGAUGUCCAACGUCUACUCCAAGUCGUAUAUUCAGGCGUCCCGGCCAGCCAAGGCCCAGAGCCGGAUAGUCCUCCUCGGCAGGCUCCUCCCUUUGCUCAGACGCGAGGCCGCAAGGGGGGCCGCGGGCGGCACGGAGGUGCAGUCCAUCUUCAUGGCCACGACCAUGGACCUCAUAUCCGCGUACAUCUUUGGCAUACAAAACAGCACCAACUUCCUCGAGGACAAGGCCUACAGAGACCACUGGCUGCGGCUCUACCUCUCGAGACACCAUCACCACUUUUGGCCGCAGGAGAUGCCGGGCCUGACGUCGCUGUGCGCAAAGUUCGGCGUCAGGCUGUAUCCGACGUUUGUGGAUAGGGCGAAUGCAGAGCUUAGAGACUGGAACAAGCAAAUAUGUGACAAGACGCUCGAGUACCUUUCUUCCACGGGCUCCACAGCGGCACUGCCGGAGUAUGAGCCCGUCGUCUUCAAGGCCCUUCACGCAGGAAUCGACAAGGAAGAACGCGCAGAGGGCGACGCUUCGCUCCUCUAUGAGACGACGAUUCGCCAACGAGACUCCUCCGUUGCCAGCGAAAUACUGGAUCAAGUCCUGGCAGGUCACGAAACAGCCGGCAUUGUGCUUACCUGUCUUGCUUGGAGGCUGUCUCAGAACCAGGAUCUGCAGCGCCAGCUUCGGGUAGAGAUUCUGGCCCUGGAACCCUCACUGGCAGCAGCAGACACCGACCCGGCGUGUCUCCCCGACGCCAGGGCCCUGGACAACCUGCCCAUCCUACACGCCGUCGUCAUGGAGACUCUCCGCCUCCACGCCCCAAUUCCGGGCCCGCAGCCGCGGGAGACGCCGUACCCGUCGUGUAGCAUCGGUGGCUACGAGCUCCCUGGAGGGGUCCGGAUCGCCGCCCUCGCGCACACUCUGCAUCUCGACGAGAGGGUGUAUCCCGACCCGAGGCGCUGGGACCAUACCCGGUGGCUGGUGGCCGGCUCCGCCACGGACGCGCAUCGCAGAGAAAUGAGCCGGCAGUUCUGGGCCUUUGGGAGCGGAGGCAGAAUGUGCAUUGGCUCCAACUUUGCAUGGAACGAGAUGAAGCUUGUCACAGCAGUGAUAUAUGCCAACUUCGCAACAGCGGUCGUCGACGAUACCGGCGUGGAGCAGACGGAUGGAUACUCGGCCAGACCUGUGGGGAACCAGUUGUACUUGAAAUUAACGCCCUUGUGA